UUGUAAGAAGCCUCUCUGGCUUAAUAUAUAAAUGCUUGUAGUAAAACUAUGACACUCAGAUAGUUAGUCAUGAAAUAAUGAUGAGAAAUUGCUUUGGUGCCAGUUCCUGGAAAUCAUACUAUCACUGUCACACUAUGGAAAUCUUACUAAAACUUUAAAACUAUUGUAUACUGUAGGCCUAUUUAUCGUUCUGUGGUUUCUUUAACUAUCACUGUCAGCUCCCAAAUAUUUUCACAAUGUUGAUAAGGUCCCAUCACUCUUAAAAUGUCUUAUUCAAGGUCAAAAACCCACUCUGGUCUGUGGGAAUUACACACACAUUCAGAUCCCCAAAAGGUCUGGGAAUUUUAUAUAAGCUUGAAUCAAUUGGUCUGCUUCAUUGACCUUCACUCUGUUCAGUAAGUCAGUGCUGGUGUGAUGAACAGUAUGUUUUCUGUCUGGACUCUCAGCUCUCUGAUUCUCACCUACACUCUUGCAUUUCCAAUCUUCAAUAACACAAGUGUGUCUCAUAUGGAGAUUUCCCCUAAUACAGUGAGGAACUCCACAGAGUAUAUGAAGACCAAUCACACAAACAAAUCCGAAACAGGGAUACCAAAAAGGAAAAAAUUUCUAAGGAUGUGUUUUCUGUCCACUUGUGCCAUGUGGAACCUGGGGUCUAUGCUACAGCAUGGGAAUGAGAUUGCUGGGGACAUGGCCACAGAUCCAAUGGGAAUUGGCAAAAAAUAAAGCAUGAACUUGAAUGAUCAAAUAAUGAUGAAAUGGUGUUUCACUGAAUAUUCACCCACGUGUUAUCUUAGGCUUGCUGUAAUUCUGUAAAAACAGGAUUGAUUUAGGCAUGUUGUUAUUAGGCGAGUCAUACUCAAUCUCUAUAGUAUGAUUUUAGUGACAUUCAGCAGUUUAUUUCUGUCCAUGUUUAUUUCUGGAUAAAUGUAUAACAUAAAUAUAACAUAUGUGCAAAGUUUUUUAUGUUUAGUGAAAGCUGAUUUAUUUGUGAAUAAAAAAAGCUUUUACCUA